UGACAACCCUAUUCGGACCAUAACAUGAGGUUCCAAGGGAGCAUGUUUCAUGCCGGGUCUUGAUUGGGUCUCUUUGGCCGCGUCGGCCACACGGGACCCGUGCCCUCAUUUUUUUUCUGGCUCCCCCUUUCUUCAUAUAUCUGCCCGCUCGUGGCCGUUCCGACGCGCCCUUCUGUUGUGAAAGUUCUCGUCGUUGUUGCCGUCCGUGUCCGUCCCUUGUGUGUUGUUGCUGUGUGUAUGUGUGUGUGCUCUGUUCGUCGGCAUCCUGUCUUUUCAGGUGUUUCCCUCUGAUAUUGGAACAUUGCGUGGUUCACUCUCAUUGUCAUAAUGCUUUGGCAAACUGUCCUUCUCGCCUUGGGCCUCGCCCGCUUCACUCUUGCCGAGUUUGUUCUGGCCGACAACUAUCCAAUUGCUUCAUUUUUUGACAAGUUUGAUUUCUUCAAUGAAUCGGAUCCAACUCAUGGAACUGUCGAAUAUGUAGAGGCGCAGACGGCCGUCUCAGAGGGUCUCGUCCGCACGGCAGGCAACUCCGUGUAUAUGGGUGUUGACUACUCCAACGUGAUUCCCUCCGGUGGUGGACGCCCGAGUGUUCGUUUAGUGAGCAAGAAUGUUUACAACCACGGUCUUUUUAUCCUCGACCUUGCCCAUAUGCCGGGUGGCAUCUGCGGUACAUGGCCUGCAUUUUGGAUGGUUGGUCCAAACUGGCCAUACAAUGGUGAAAUCGACAUUAUCGAGGGCGCCAACACGCAAAACCAAAACGACAUGACCCUUCAUACUGGGCCAAAUUGCUCCAUUACGGACAAUGGAGAAUUCACCGGAACUAUGCCAAGCUGGUUAACCGAUUGCAAUGCUGCAUAUGGCGACUACAAUGGCUGCCAGAUCCAAGCCACGGCGACAAACUCGUAUGGAGCGGGAUUCAACCAAGCCGGCGGAGGUGUAUAUGCGACACUGUGGGACUCUGAUGCCAUUAGCAUUUGGUUCUGGUCUCACUCUGGAACUGUUCCUGCAGACAUCGUCAGCGGGGAACCUGACCCAACGAGCUGGGGAGAGCCAUUGGCAAUGUUCCAGGGAGGUUGCAAUAUCGACAAUUCCUUUAAAGAUAUGCAAAUUGUUUUCGACACGACCUUUUGCGGAGACUGGGCAGGCAAUACCUGGAGCGGCACAUGCUCUAACCUCGCCCCUACAUGCACCGAUUAUGUCCUUAACAACCCCUCUGCCUUUACUGAUGCCUACUGGAUCAUCAAUUCCCUCAAAGUCUACGAAGACUAUGCGUGCACGUAACCCUCCCUCCUCUCCAAUCCUUUACCUUGACCACUACCACCACCAUUGACCUCGACCCUUGCCUCUACUACGAUUCCUAUCCUUUCGAUGAUGAUAAUGAUCACUACCCAUCCGACGACUACCCCGAAUCCUAUACCCUCCCCGCAUCUGCCACCCUCUCCGCCGCUUCCAAUCUCCCGCU